AUGGAGAGCGCCCAAAGCCAGGGAGGGAAAGGGAGGGAGAGGAGAGGGGAGGGAGCAGCAGGUCCAAGCCCAGCUUGUGCACCCAGCCAGCACCAGCAGUGCCUGUGCCAAAAGCCAGCUUUCUUAAAGCCAUGGCCCCGGGGGCCGGCUUUGCAGGCGGAGGGGAGCCCGGGAGCAGGGGCUGGGAAGCACAGAGGGGAGCCCUCAGCCUCCGGGGUCACCAUGGACAUAAUUUACCUGCGCACACCCCUGGCCUUCCUUCUUCUCCCUCUUGUUGUGUUUGGGGCACCCACUGAUGAACCCAACUUCACAGAACCAGCCCCUGGUGCUUGCAAGCGCUGUUGUGACCCACUGGACUCUUCCACAGAUGCCCCACCGGUCCCUCCCAGCCACUACCACUUGCCCUACCCAAUGCCGGAGGUCCGUCCCUAUAUCAACAUCACCAUACUGAAGGGAGAGAAAGGAGACCGGGGAGAGCCUGGUAUGCCAGGGAAAUGGGGCAAAGAAGGACCACGAGGCGAGCGGGGUGCCCAGGGCCAGAAAGGCAGUAAAGGACAGAUGGGCACAGCAGGAGACCCCUGCAAGCAUCAGUAUGCUGCAUUCUCCGUUGGUCGCAAGAAAGCACUGCACAGCAGCGAGGGCUUCCAGGUCUUGAUCUUCGACACCGUCUUCGUCAACCUCUACAGCCACUUCGACAUGUUCAAUGGCAAAUUCUACUGCUAUGUAGGUGGACUUUACUAUUUCAGCCUCAACGUCCACACCUGGAACUUCAAGGAGACCUACAUGCACAUCAUGCACAACGAAGAAGAGGCAGUCAUCUUGUAUGCCCAACCCAGUGACCGCAGCAUCAUGCAGAGCCAGAGCCUCAUGCUGGAGCUUCAGGAAAAUGAUGAGAUCUGGGUGAGGCUCUAUAAGCGGGAGCGGGAGAAUGCCAUUUACAGUGAUGAUGUUGAUGUGUACAUCACCUUCAACGGGUACCUUGUCAAGCCCAGCCUUGACUAACAGCCUCUCCUCCUCCUUGGGGCCUCUUUGGCCUUUUCCUUCUUCCUCUCUCUCUCUCUUUACUGCCCGCAACCACUGCAAAUCACUUGGAAAUGGCCCUCUCAAGUCUCAGGCACUGAGUGUGAAACUUGCCGCGCUGGCUCCCACUUCACACUCUCUUGUAGCCAGGGCUGCAUCUGUCCACUUACAGUGUGACACUACCAUCUCUCGCCCCCUCACCUCAUGACCCCAACUUAGGUUAUUGGCUUCUUCUAAAUCUGCCAGCGAGCUGUAUCUGGCAUUUAGGGCCCUAGAGCAGGAGGAAGGCUAAAAUGCUGCUCCUGGGGAUAUGUCCUUCCUUGGGGCUUCAGACACAAAG